AUGACAAUAAGAAUCGCAAUUCUACGGGACACUGGGAGGAAAUUGGGCGGCGUUUUAGGGUUCAAUAGGGGUUUUCAUUCCGUGCCUCAUUCUCCUCCUUUAUCUGGAUGCAUUGACCAUGGGAUUCAGUCAAUGCAACCCGUUUUGCCUGAGUUUAGUUUCCCAAAUUUCUCUUUUGGUGGCUCUAUGGAGCUCAUGGCUGUUCCAAAGAGGAAGGUUUCUCCUCAUAAAAGAGGAAUACGAAACGGACCAAAAGCUUUGAAGCCUGUUCCUGUGCUUGUAUUGUGCAAGGGUUGUGGUCGUGUCAGGCUUCCACAUUUCUACUGUUGCAGUGGUAAACCAAAUAAUGAAAAUAAUGGUGAAGAGAAUCACACAAGCAGAUAA